AUGAAAAACUAUGUCACUAUUUUAUUAAAUUACGCUAGAGCACGGCAAAGUCUUGCUGAAGUAUACGAACAGAUCGCGAAAGUCAAUCUGACGCCGCCGCAGAUUACUUUUACUGGACUUUCUCAUUUCAAUAAUAAAGUUCUUUAUAUGGAUCCGGUGAAAGACGCCCAUCUCGACGCUCUUAUGCGUAUCGCAGAGAUUUGCCGAGAGACGUAUGAGAAAAAUGGAAUUGCAUCUACCGAUGUUCGUCCGUUUAAUGCUCAUUUGACAUUGUUCAAAUUAUCGAAAGCCCGUGAUCUACAUCGGAGAGGUGUGAAAAAGAUCGACGAAUGUUGGAAGUCCAAAUAUGAUAACCACCAUUUUGGUGUAGAAAACUUCCACUCUCUCCACCUAUGCAAUAUGUUAAAGAAACAAGCCGACGGUUACUAUGAAAUCUUCCAUGAACAACGUCUAUUUGAAUCCAGCCGAUUUCUAUCUGGAUUCAAUCAUUACGAUCUUAAGUGUGAUCAUCGUCUAGCAAAUAAACUAGCUGAUAAAGUCGACAAUGUGACAUCUACGGUUACGAACGAUCAGCUAGUGAAUAUCGAACCAUUGGUUUACAACUCAUCGGCAAUGGAUGAAUCAGCACCGCUCUUGCAAUCUCAUCCUAGCACAAACGAUGAAACUAUUUCUAAUAUUGAUUCAAUGCUAUUGAAUAAAUUUCUUUUUCCAGCACCGAAACCAUCGACUUACACGUUGACAUCGCAUGCAAAUCUAUUCUGGAUUCCAGCUAAACUGCCGGAUGAACUGCCUGUUCCAUGCAUGUUCUACUCACCGUCGAGAUCUAAUAAAAAAAUCGAAUAUUUAAUAAUCUUUUGUCAUGGGAACGGCUGUGAUAUCGGUUCGAUGCAUUAUACAUUGAAUGAAUUUUGUGAAAACUUAAACGUCUAUAUUAUCAGUUUCGAAUAUCCUGCGUAUGGUUUAUGUACAGCAACAUCUCCGAAUCAACAAACUAUCAAUAAUCAUGCUGAUCGAACGUUCGAUUUUGUAGUAAAUACUCUAUUAUGGCCAAUAGAGCGAAUUAUUAUGUAUGGCCAUUCGAUUGGUAGUGGUGCCGCAUGUUACCUUGCAUCGACGCAACUAAUUGGAGCGUUGAUUCUACAAUCUCCGUACACGGCGAUUAGUAAUUUAGUACGAGAAAAAGUUCGCGUUCUUGCUUAUUUGAUAAGCACGCGUUCGUGGAAUAAUCUCGAGGCGAUGAAAAAUAUCAAAUGUCCAGCGCUGUUUAUACACGGUCGGAGUGAUACUGUGAUACCGGCGGAUCAUUCGCAGGCGCUUUAUGAUGCUUGUUCGAAUAAUGAAGGAAAAAAACUUGUUCUCCUGCGUAACGAAGAUCACAAUUCAAUGACAGAAUCUCUUCUUCUACGAUACAUCGUGCCAUUUCUGGAGAAACAGUGUGUACUAAUGAAUACAAAUCUGCAAUUACCUGUAAUCAAAAUUGACAGAGAAUUACGCGAACCGCCACCGUGUGUUUUAGCAGCAAACGAAGUUAAUUCAAACAGAACGGAUGUCUUCAAUUCUUUGAGCUCAUUAUCAAAGGCCUCUACAGCGGCCACUAUGGCAACCAUACGAUCAAUCUCUGGUCUUCGGAAGAACCAGUCCGACGAAGACGAUGACUGA